CACCAAUCCUUAUGAGGCUGGAAUAUCGAGUAGAACUGCCAGAUCAUGAUUGGAUUGUUGCUGAAAGGCAUAAACUGAUUCCUUCAGUUUAUGCAAUAUUGGAUGUACAAGAGGGUAAGUAUGGGCGUGCUGAAGCCGUAAUAUACUCAGGACCAACAUUUAUAAGAAUACAUAGUGGUAAAUAUGAUAGCAACACCGCUUAUUCUCACGGUAAAGAUUUUAAUGACUUGAUGAAUGAGGAGAAAUUGCAUAGCUACACUAUAACAAACGAACAACCUAAACCCGUAGUGGUGCUGCUAAGUGAUGGUGGUCUCAACGAGAAUCCCAGAUAUAGAAAAAUGGUUCAGAUGAUGAUUGAACAUUUUGAUACAUAUGAUCCUGAUACCAUUAUUGUGGCGUGCUUUGCACUACACCAGAGUGCAUCUAAUCCGGUCGAAAGGCGAAUGGCGCCUUUAAGUCAUGACUUAGCUAGCGUCAUACUCCCGCAUGAUACAUUUGGAAUACAUUUAGAUGCACAGUUAAGAACAAAUAAUGAAGAAUUAGAAAAACACAAUUUUAAAGCAGCUGGAGAUAUUUUAACAUCAAUAUGGGAAAAUACAAUUAUAGAUAACUACCCAGUUCUUGUUAAGUAUAUAGAUCCUUCUGAUGAACAUUACAGCCCAAGCGAAAAGUUAGUAGCUUGGAUAGAAAAGCAUGUAAUGACUUGCCGUUAUAUUACUCAAGUUAUAAAGUGUGAUGAUCUAAGUUGCUGUAAGCCUUUUCGUAGUGGGAUCAAGCAAAUUCUUCCGAAUCAGUUUUUUCCUUCACCGCUCGUGGUUCAGCAAAUGCCUUAUAAGUCUGCUUUGAAAAUUCAAGAAUUUCCAGUAGUUUAUGUUCACAAUUAUCGACAUGGUGAAUUCUUGGUCAGUAACGAAAGCAGUGAGACUAUGUGGGUGGAAGAAGAAGUGGUACCAGAAGAUGCGCUAGAAACCUAUCAUCAGCAAGUACAAGUUCAAGAAGAAUUGGUUGCAGAUAAAGUGUUAAUAGUUAACUGGGAUACUUGCGAGUGGACAAAUGAAUAA